AUGUUCCGGCGCGCGGCCGUUGUAACCCUGCUGCUCAGCAGCGCAGUCUCGGUCAACACCCUGGACCCCCGCUCUGAGGUGGCGCCGCUGGGACAAAAUGGUGUCCAUGCUUUCGACGUCGCUGCGGUCUCCGAGAGCCACGAGGGACACUGGGCUGGCUCGAGCAGUGCUACCGCCGCUACGGGCGACGCUGCGAAAGCAAGCAAUGCCACGGCAGCGGAUGCGAACGCUGGUGCCGCCGCGAACUCUGCUGAUGCCUCCAGCGGUAGCGGUGGUGGUGCCAGCGGCGACAACACCAGCGGUGGUGGCAGUGGCAGCGCUGAUGCAGGCAGCGGCAACAAUGCGGGUGGUGGUGGCGGCGGAGGAAGCGCCGACGGGGGCGCAGCCGCGGGCGGUGGUGCUGCGGGUGGUGCUGCGGGUGGUGCUGCGCCGCCUCCUCCCCCGGCUGGCGGAGCUGCUCCCCCGGCUCCCCCUGCUCCCCCGGCUGAUGGAGCUGCUCCCCCUGCCCCGCCUGCUCCCCCGGCUGACGCAGCUGCUCCUCCUGCUCCUCCUGCUCCUCCUGCCCCUGAUGCCAAGGGCAAAGAUGAUGCCGCAAAAGGAAAGGAUGCCAAAAAAGGGGCUGCCGCUGCUGGGGCCGCCGCCGCCGGCGGAAAUGCCACCGCUUCUGCCCCUCCCGCCGCCGGCGCAGGCGCGGGCAAAAAAGGCGCCGGAGCCGGAGCUAUGGGUAAUAUGUCCGGGUCGGCCGGGUCUACUAACUCGAGUAACAGCGCCGUGAACAACGGAGCCAGCAGCGGUGGGAGCAACUCGACCAGCAGCACCUCCAGUGACAAUUCUGGCGGCGGCAGCAGCAGCAGCAGCAGCAGCACUGAAAGCUCAGACCACAGCUGGGGCAGCGCCGUGGCCUCCAGGUCGGUCAGGAGGUUCAAGAACCUGAGGACGCGCAACCUGCUCCGGGCCAACCGUUUGGUAGAUUAA